UGGGAAUUACACUUGGCAACACAAAAAUUAAAAGUAAAAAUUUCGCUUUGUAAUCCCUGUCAUUGGGGUUAUUAUUUUGUGGAUUUAUAGUUUUAUAAAUAAUUAAAUAAGUUUAAUAGUUCUAAAUAAUGGGUCAGAAUCAGUCUGGCGGAGGAAGCGGUGGAGACAAAAAAGAUGACAAGGAUAAGAAGAAGAAGUACGAGCCUCCGAUCCCUACCAGGGUUGGCAAGAAGAAGCGCAAGGCUAAGGGGCCUGACGCAGCCUUAAAGCUGCCUCAAGUCACUCCACACACUAGAUGUAGACUGAAGUUGUUGAAAUUGGAGAGAAUAAAGGACUACUUGCUGAUGGAGGAGGAAUUCAUCCGCAACCAGGAGAGACUGAAGCCCCAGGAGGAGAAGAUUGAGGAGGAAAGGUCUAAGGUUGAUGACCUGAGAGGCACACCCAUGUCUGUGGGCAACCUGGAGGAGAUUAUAGAUGACAACCAUGCCAUAGUGUCCACGUCAGUGGGCAGCGAGCAUUAUGUCAGCAUCCUCUCCUUUGUGGACAAGGACCAACUUGAGCCUGGCUGCUCUGUGUUGUUAAACCAUAAGGUACAUGCAGUAGUAGGAGUGCUAGGGGAUGACACUGACCCCAUGGUGUCAGUCAUGAAGCUGGAGAAGGCUCCACAGGAGACAUAUGCUGACAUCGGUGGCCUGGACACACAAAUUCAGGAAAUUAAGGAAUCAGUAGAGCUGCCUCUAACUCACCCAGAGUACUAUGAGGAGAUGGGCAUCAAGCCACCCAAGGGUGUGAUCCUGUACGGGCCUCCUGGCACUGGCAAGACUUUGCUGGCCAAAGCUGUUGCCAACCAGACCUCUGCGACAUUCCUCCGUGUUGUUGGUUCCGAACUUAUCCAGAAGUACUUGGGUGACGGGCCGAAGCUUGUGCGAGAGCUGUUCAGAGUGGCUGAGGAGCACGCGCCGUCAAUUGUUUUCAUUGAUGAAAUCGAUGCUGUGGGCACAAAACGAUAUGACUCGAAUUCUGGUGGUGAAAGAGAAAUUCAAAGAACUAUGUUGGAGCUGCUUAAUCAAUUAGAUGGUUUCGAUUCUCGAGGCGAUGUUAAAGUAAUCAUGGCCACAAACCGCAUAGAAACCCUAGACCCUGCCCUCAUCCGCCCCGGCCGUAUCGACAGGAAGAUUGAGUUCCCGCUCCCCGACGAGAAGACCAAGCGGAGGAUCUUCACCAUCCACACCUCGAGGAUGACGCUGGCUGACGACGUCAACUUGUCGGAACUCAUUAUGUCUAAGGAUGAUCUCUCUGGUGCUGACAUUAAGGCUAUAUGUACAGAGGCUGGUUUGAUGGCGCUAAGAGAACGGCGCAUGAAGGUCACCAACGAAGACUUCAAGAAGUCUAAAGAGAGCGUGUUGUACCGCAAGAAAGAAGGCACGCCUGAAGGACUUUAUCUAUAGGCUGCAUUUCAGUUUCUGUAUUAACAUGAAUAUGUAUCUACUUUAAUAAUGAUUAUAUAUUAAAUAAAACUUAAUGAUGUAAUAAAAUGCAGCGCAUGCUACU